AUGGUAAUAAGCAGGUCAAAUUAUACGCCGACUGUUCCGAUCAGUAUUGGGAGUGACAUCAUUGAAUAUGAGAGAGAAAUCAAGAGUCUGGGCGUUACAUUAAGUGAUAACCUUUCGUGGAAAAAUCACACAAAUAAGAUUUGCAAUGAUGUCAAGGCAGGGCUAGCCAAGCUUUGGCAAUCAAAAUCUUUUACUCCAAAAAGUACACGCUUACUUUUAUGUCAAGCUCUUCUUCUCCCUAAAUUUUUGUAUUGCAGUAAUCUGUACUUAGGAUGUAGUAGAGAAGAAUGGAAACGUCUUGACGGUUGUUUCUCUGCUUGCUUGGUUGAUCUUUCGCUGAUUGCUCAUUAUCCAAAUCUUGGGAGUUGUAAGCAAAAGCUUCAAUUUAUUGCUAAUGAAAGUGCCUGGAAAGUAACUUUGAGAAAUUUCAUCUUCAUGGUUGAAUUGGAAUUGAAAAACCAACCAAAAACAAAGUAUCGCGGCUGUGCAGCACCAGAACUCAAUCAGAUUGUGGCUCAAUUCGCUGCUCGUUUAUGUUACAUAGUUUAUUGGAAUAAUUCAAUUUGGGAUGAAAUUGAUUACGAGGAACAGCUUUCGAAACGACAAAAAAGAUCAGAAAAGUUGCAAGCAUUGAUAGAUUUCGCUCAACCUACAGAAGAAUUGAAAGAUUUUAACUGGAAAUGGUUGACAGUCUUAAGUGAGCUUUUAUACAAUUAUCCAUCUGCUCUUGAGAAUGAUCAUUUCCAGCUAUUACUUCAACUGCUCUCACGUGUUCAAGAGUCCAUCGAACAUGAAUCUCACAUUUAUGCUUUCACGAAAUGUUGUCAUGUCCUCCUUCAAAGAGAAGAAAAUUUCGUUUCAACUGCAAACAUUCACGUUGUUAAUUUAUGUCACAAACUUUGGUUUAAAAUUGUCGAGGCAACAGUUCGCGUUUGUACUUCAAAUAACAAAAAUUCAGUUGAGAGUCACAUUUUAUUACAAACUUUAAUUCAUCACAAGAAAUUUCCGUCACAAAGUUUCAUCGAAGAUGUCGUAAAGAUUUUCAUCACAAAAUCUUCAAUCAAAAGUGAUGCAACAUUGAAAACUCUCAUCGUUCUCAUGAAGUCGUUCAACAUAGAUUCGUUGCAGAAUGGAAGAGAAUUAACAUCGACGAUUCUUUCUUAUACUUUCGAAAAAGCUUCUGUAGCCGAUUUACGACGCGUGAUCACAACAUCUGGGAAAGAAAAGCCAACAAAUGAAAUAUUGUCACAAAUUGGCGUCAUUUGUUGUCUAUCAAAAACUGAUGUCGUAAAUUAUUCUCAAAAUGACAUUUUAGACAAUGAGAAGCUUUUUCAGGAAAAUUGGAAGUUGGAUUUGCAAGUUGAAUACAAGAAGGAAAUUAAUGAAAAAAUUCAAUUAAUUCUCAUGAAGUGCAGUGAAAAAUUGUUGAUCGAGGAAGAAGAUUUUAUAGAAUUCCAGAAUGAAAGUAAUGAAGAGAGAAAUUUGAACGAAUUUCCAAAAGAAAUCAAAUGCAUCAUCGAUCAUAGUCUUUAUGAGGAGCUUCAGAAUGUCACGGAAUUUAAAAACAAACUCAUCGGCAAAGACGAUAACAUUGAAGUCGUCAAAGAUUAUCUUCAAUCAGUGCUUGAAAACAACGAAAUGUUGCUUCAUCUUGCUGAUAAUUUCCUAAAAUUUGAAGCAUUUAAUGAAGAAAAAUUCAAAAGUUCAUUUCUCACAAAGAAAAUUGAAUUUCAUUUGCAAGAAGUCGAAAAUCUUUUUGAGAUGAUUGUGACGAUGAAUGAAGGCUUGGAGAUGAAAGACACACACGAAUUGUUGAAAGCUUUGAAACGUUUAUUCAGCUCAAAGUUUCACAUUAAACUUUGCUUCAAAAUUCGAUCUUUUGAUUUGGAACAUUGCAUUCAUUGGAUCGGCAAACAGAUCAAACACAAAUUUCUAACAUACGACGAUGAUUAUGAACAGAUGAAGAUUGGAAAAAAUGAAUUCAUAAAUGCAAAAAUGGAGGAAAAAUUGAAGUUCCUAGCAGUUGAAACGCUUUGCGAAUAUAACAACUUUGAUGGAAUGAACUCGGAAAUUGUUCACGAACGCUUGAGUAGAGUGAAAAUCAACGUUGAUGACAACAUGGAUCUUCACAUCAUUUUUCAUGUUCUGGAAGUUCUCGGACGUCAAAAAAAUAUUCCACAAGAAGUGAAGGAAUGGAUUUGGAAUUACAUCAUUAAGAUUUGCAGAGAACAUGACAGAAAUCAGUUUGUGAUGGAAAACAUCAUCGGGAGAUUGAAAUUUAUCUUCCGCUUAUCUACGAGUUGUCCUGAGUUGUCUUCCAACGCUGUCGUUCUUUGUUCAUCAAUUUCAGCUCUUUGCAUCGAGCCAAUGUUUUGUUCGCGUGUUACUGUCAAAUUCAUUCAACAAUUUAAAUAUUUUCAUGAAAAUUAUUUUCAUCUUUACAUCGAUCAAAAUCCCGUCAUUGAAGUCUACAAACACUUGACAAACAUUUUUCUAAAUUCAAAAACUUUCGUUGUUAAGUUGGAAGCAAUCAAGACCAUCAGUUGCAUUCUUUACAGUGACAUUGAGAACAGCAAUGAAUUUGAUCAGUUGAGAAUUGCUCGAGGAAGUAAGCAGAAAAUAUUCAAGAAAGUUUUCGAUAAGCAAAGAAUUGAAUAUGGACGUGAACCGAUGGAAAUUGCUGAAACUUUCGAUGAUGUUCAAACAAACAUUGUUGCUGGUUACGUUCAACUGUUCACUUCAAUAUUUUGUGUUAACUUCAACAUUCGCAAGCCAAUUAUUCUUGAAUUGUCACGACUUUUUCUUCGCUAUGAAGUGCCUGAUGAAGUUUCGUUGAAUAUUUUUAAGAAGAUUCUUUCGUACUUAAAAUGUGAUGUUGGAAGUUUAAUGGACACGAACAGCAUCGAGAAUUUAAUAUCAGAUUGGGUGAAGCAUAGUUAUGACCUUAAAAGAUUUCCAUGGUUUUUCACCGGAAGCAAAUCAGUCGAAGAAUUUGUUCAAGAACAUUUCGAAUUAAUCGCUUUGGUGCUAAUGAAAAAUGAAACGCGAGCUAUCGAUCGACUUUGUCAAAGUUCAGACUUGUCACCGAAAUCAACAAUCGAACAAAUUCUUCCCGAAUGCUUCGCUUUUCUAGUUCCAGUGCAAGCAGGAUGUAGUGGAAUUAAAUAUCUGAAGAAAGCAGAAGAAAUGAUGGACAAACUCGAUUCGCUCUUCACUGGCGACUCACAAAAGUCUAUGAAACUUCGUAAAAUUGCUUUGGUCAUUGCACAUAUCCUUGAGAAUGUCUACGAUUGCGAAAAGUUUAAAGAAAUUUGUGGAUUUGAAAUGGAAGUUCAUUUCAGUUCAGAACAAAUCGAUUGCAAUGACUUUGACAAAUGUUUAAAUUAUUUAAAAACAUUUUUUGCUGUUCCAAAAACGAAGUCGAUUCUUACCUUCUUCUGUCGUCAGCCAAACUUCUGUCAAUUUAUAGAAAGACUUCUCAUGAUGCAAAAGAAGAAAAUUCAAAGCACGAGCUUGAAGGAACAUAAAAUGCUUUACUUGUUGCAAUAUUGCGUGCUGGUUAAAAAGCUAUUCGAGUAUUUGAAAGGACCGGUUGAUGUUGAGAAAAGUAUCAAAGGGUUCAUCGUUCGUGACGUCGCAAACUUUCUAUGCUUCCUUCUUCUCGAUGAUAAAUUUGGAUUGAGAUUGCCAGAAACUGCUUUAAACUUCUUAGAAAUCUUUCUCAAGGAAAUUCUUCCGGAAUGCUCAAUUGACGUCAAACCUUUUCUUAAUAAAAUUGUGUCGUCAUUGGUGAAUAUUUGUAAGCUCGAAAAAGGAUCAAAACUUAAAUCAUUGCAGAAGAAAUGUCUCGGAAUUAUACAAUUUCUCGUAUUGGAUCAACAAUCAUCACUUGAUGAUGAAAUUGCUUUGUUGGAUAAAUUUCCAGCCGGUCAAGAAUUCGAAGACGUUUGCGAAACGCAAUUGAGAGUGAAGUACAAAGACGGAAAGUUUUCAUUGUCACAAGAAAUUGAACAUUUUCUGGCAGUUGAGAAGCGAAAAUUCGAAGGACUUGUUGCACUUAGAGAACAUCUCGCGGAGAAUAAAAGUGAACUAAAAAUACUUUUCAAUAAAUUAGCAUUGUCGCUUGGAUUCAGUGAAGACGGUGAAAGCGAUUUACUUCACAAACUCAUCCGAUCUUUAGUUGAAUAUACAAGAAGCUCAUCUGAGAACGAAGACAGAUCAAUCGAAGCGAUCAAAUGUCUUGGCGAGAUUGGAAAUUUUGAUUUAUCUACGAUGGUCUUCAUCACAAAAGAUCAUCAAGAUGCGACAAUUUAUGAUGAAAUCGGUGACACUUUACAUUGUCAGAAUGUCAUUUGCAGAAUUGCACUGAAUCAAAUGGAAACAAUGAUUCAACAUCACAAUCCUCGAAUAUUUGAGUCGGCAUGUAAUGCUUGUCAUCACAUGUUGUCAUCAAUAUCAGCGGAAGGAUACAAAGCGAGUAUUUAUCUUCGUCCAUUCGAGACAAACACAAUCAGCACCAAAAAUCUCUUCUACGAAACCUUAAAGACUGACAGUUCAUUGAAGAUCAUCGAACUCUUUAAUGAGUAUGAAUAUGCAUCUUACAUGACGUGGAUUAAGCGACUUGUGAUGUCAAUGAUGACACUUGUUGGUGACAAAGUUCUCAUUCAAGUCGUGAGUGCACAGAAAAGCUUCGCAGAACAAAUGAGUCCGUUGGUCUUUCAGCUACUUUUAAGCUACAAUGAAGAGAAGUUAAACCAUGAAAUCAUUUCAGGAAUGAACUUUUUCUUCUCGAAAACAUCAGAAAUGUUGAGUUAUUCGGAACAUGUCAACAAAGGGUCAAUUUAUCUUGAUAAACUCGCCAUCAAACAAAUGUUAAAGCUUGUCGAAUGUGUGAGAAUGUUUUGCUUAAAGAAACCGAAAUCUCAAAUGGCAAAGCAAAACAACUUGAAUUACUCAAACAUCGCUAAAGCUGCUAAACAUUGUGAAGCUUUCUUCACGGCAGUUCUUUAUGGUGAAAUGUGGGCUGAGAAACGACAGAAAGAUGAAAAAAUUCCUUUCGCAGUGACAAUCAAUGAUAAAUAUCUUCAAGAAAUCAUGUAUAGCUCACUCACUGCUAUUGGACUGAAAGAUUCGUCGGAUAAACAAAAUGAAUCGCAGCAAUAUGAAUGCUUAUGGCGAUUGUGCAAUUGGGAUGUCAUUGUUGAAAGUGAUUCAGAUGUGAAAGAUCAGAAAAGUGUUGCUAAUGACUUCGAGAAGUUUCAUUACACAGGAUUGAAGUGCUUGAAGAACGACGACGAACUUGGAAUGAGAAUUGCCGUGUCCAAAGCAAGGAAAUCAAUUCUUCAAUUACUUCAACAAGAAAGUCUCGAAUGCACACAAAACCUUUAUAAAUUCCUGGGAAUGUCGCAUUUACUUCAACAGAUUGAAGAUUUCGGUGAAGUUCGAUUCAAACGAAUGCCAGAUUCACAUGAAAAGUUAGUAAGAAAGUGGACAGCACAAGAUCAAUUGCCACACGACUUUAAAAGACUUGAACCGAUUUUAUGUCAACGAAAUAGCAUUUACGAUACUGCAAACAUCAGGACAGGAAAGCGAACGUGGAUUCCCGAAGCACUGCAAUCAAAUAUGUUGAUGAUUGUCAAGGAAGCUAUUGAAGCUGACUGUCAGAACGACGCCAUUAAAAUGAUUUCAAAACUUCGAGCUUUAUCCAACAUAACAACAGCAAACAAAGCUGAAAUGCUCGUAACAGAAGCUCAGAUAAAUUUGAAAAGCAACAUGAACUUGGCCAAACAUUCUCUGAAGUGUGUCAUCGAAGAGAAGGAAUUUGGUAAAUUUCCAAUGUUGAAGUGUGCAGCGUUGCGAAUGUUUGGUGAAAUCUUAGCAGAUAAUCAAGCUGACAAGGUUGACGUCAUUGUUAAGAACUACUUUUUGAGAGCAAUCAGAACACUUGAAGCUUACGCUGAAAAGCAUAAAAUGUCACAUUUGAUUGCAUUCAUUUCUACCAAUCAAGCUUCAGAAAAAAGUUCUCAAUCGUUAAUGAGUCAAGACAGCGACGAUCAUGUUGAUGGUAAAGUUGAGAAGAUAAUUAAGGAAAACAUUUCUAUAUUUGAUACUGUGGCAAAGUAUUACGAUCGCGAGUACAUGGAGAAGUGCGAGUACAUGAACUCAGCUGAUUAUCAGAAUAAAAUCGAAGCAUUAAAGAAGAAUAUCGAGAAGAAAGAAGAAUUUGUAAAGAUGUUGAAACAUGACAGCGAAAACAAAACAAUUAAACAUUCUAAAAUCAUUUACGAAAGAAGCAUAGCAAUUGAUGAGACAGAAUUAGGAGAAUUGAAACGAGAAAAAGGGAACGCAGCUUGCAAUGCACUUUUCUAUUAUCUUCGUGGUGCUAUAAGCGAUCCAAACGACAACAUUCUUAGCAUUUUUCGUAUCAUUUCGAUUUGGUUUGCUAAUCUUAACGAUAAUCGUAUCUGGAAGAUGUUGAAUGAACAUUUGUUGAGAAUACCAAGUUUUAAGUUCAUUGCAGUGCUUCCUCAACUUGUCGUUCGUCUGACUGAUAAAGAAAACGAGAAGUCCAACAACUUAUUGAAGAAAAUUAUUGAGAAAUGUGCUGAUGAUCAUCCUUAUCAUACUUUGCCAUUAAUCUUGGCACUUGUUAAUUCAAAUGUUGAUACGCCAUCGGCACAAAGUCAAGAAGAACCUCGCGUUGUUGGUGCUAAAUCUUUAUGGAAUUCAUUAAAGAUUGGAAGUCAUCGAAAGAUUUUGUUAUACACGAUGACUCAAAUGGAGAAUGCAUCAUCAGCUCUCAUCGACAUUGCUAACAUCUCAUGCCGAACUUUUCCUACAAAUCAUCCUUUAUUAAAGCUUAAAAAGUUAAAUCAUUUGCAAUGUCAAACCGUUGAUAUUCCUGUGAUGAAAGAUGGAAAUUAUAAAGAAAGCUUAAUAAGUGUUGUCAAAUGGGAUUCAGAAUUUAAAAUGCCUGGUGGCAUCAAUGCACCAAAACAACUCACAUGCUUGUGUUCGGAUGGAGUUAAACGACUUCAACUACUUAAGAAUAAAGAUGAUUUGAGACAAGAUGCUGUCAUGCAACAAGUUUUUGGUGUUGUUAAUCAACUUUUAAAAUACAACAAAGAUAUGGAGAAGCGUCAUGCUCGUAUUAGGACUUACAAAGUUAUGCCAUUGUCUCGUCAAUCAGGAAUUCUUGAAUGGUGUAAAGAUACUGAACCAAUUGGAUUAUUCCUAACUGGUUACAAGUCAACAAAAGGUGCACAUGCGAGAUAUUAUCCUGAAGAUUGGGAACCAGAUCGAUGCAGAGAUGAAUUGAAGAAAGUUGAUCGUCAACCUCCACAGAAGAAAGAGGAGGUUUUUAAAUUAAUUUGUGAAAAAAUUCGACCAGCAUUUCAUCAUUUCUUUUAUGAAAAAUAUAAAAAUCCUGGUCAAUGGUUUGAAAGACGACUCGCUUAUACCACCAGCGUUGCAGUUUCGUCAAUGGUCGGCUACAUUCUAGGCAUUGGCGAUCGUCAUGUUCAAAACAUUCUCAUUGAUCAAAAAACUGCUGAAAUUAUUCACAUAGAUUUUGGAAUAGCUUUUGAACAAGGAAAAAUUCUGCCACAUCCUGAGUUGAUUCCAUUCCGUUUGACACGUGACAUUAUUGCACCGAUGGGUGUUUGUGGAGUUGAAGGUACUUUUCGCAAAACUUGUGAGAAGACAUUGGAAAUUAUGCGAAAUAAUGAGAAAAUAUUAACAACAAUUCUUGAGGUAAUUCUUUAUGAUCCGAUGUAUGCUUGGACACUUUCAACAAGACAAGCUCAACGUUAUCAAUACGGGGAUGAGAUAGAUGAAGAGUCGAGUGAUGAAAUUGAUCAAGAAAAGAAGCAUUCAAUGGCUAGUCGAGCAUUAUUAAAGAUUCAAAGUAAGCUUAAGGGACAAGCUGAUGCAUCUUCAAGAUAUACGUCAGUGGAAGGUCAAGUUGAAUGUCUCAUUCAAACGGCUAUGAAUCCAGCAUUGUUAUCGAAAUUGUUCUGUGGAUGGCAAGCUCAUCUAUAAUUUUUUUAAUGUUUUACAAUUUUGUUAACGACAUCUGCUUUUCAAAUUGUUGAUAAAAUAAACUAUUUUAUAAAAUUUACAA